AAAAUUUAAUUUGCGGCGUUUGAAACCUCCCUUAGACUUAAAUUAAAAUUUUGGUGGUGCAAAUCCCAAAACAAUUGUUGUCAAGCAAUCAAACGCACAGUUCUUUCUUUUUACUUUUCUGCACUAAAAUUCAAUUUCCAUUAUUUCUUUUUACUUUUCUGGCACACACAAGCCCUGAACGAAAUCUUUCCCUCUUUUUUUCCAGAAAUUUCUGCCCAUAUAGACAUUGAAAAGUAAAAAUUUCCGCCCACCGCCCACAUCACAGUGCAUGCUCUUCACUCUAACGAUUUAGGGUUGGUUUUCUCCUCCUGAAAUGGGAAGUUCUCUUUCUCUCUUUAAUCUCUUAUUGUCUUUCACUGUAACGAUUUAGGGUUCACUCUAAGUUGCGAUUUAAUGUGAUAUCCGAUUGCAAAAAUUUUUGUGCGAAAUAUUUGUGCAUUGCGAAAAUAGUUGUGCGAAAUCAGUCUCUGCAUUGCGAAAAUAGUUGAUAUCCCAUUUUAAUUCCUCUAAGUUUGAUAUUUGUGCGAUUUUAAUGUGAAUUUUAGCAAUUACAACUUGAAUUGAAGCGUGUUUGUCGUUGAAUCUCCUGACAAAAGGUACAACACGAAUUGCAGCUCUCUGCCCUCUCCUUCCUAAUCUGUUUAUAUUCGAUUUUAAUUCAUCUAGGGUUUUGAGUAUGUUUUCCUAAUAUCUUAAUUUUAGUAGUUUCUGCAUGUUAUUUGAUUUAGGUUUCUCUGCUCCAAUUUCAAUAAUUUUUGCAUGUGAUUUGAUUUAGGUUCUCUCUGCUCCUUUUUAUGAUUUUAUUAGUGCGUCGUUUGAGGUUGGUGCUGGAGCAAUCUCUUCAAAGUCAAUGAGUAAAUAUAUUAAUUGUAUAUGGAAUUUUCUGCUAACUUUUCGUACGAGUUUAGAUUUUCCCUAGACAUGGUAGUUUAUUUCUCAUACUGUAGUAUUACUACUUUUUGUUCAAGAAAUUUUGUAAAAUGUUAGCAGAAGAAUAUAUCUCUUUGAUAUAUAUGGUAGUCUUCUGGCUUGUGACUAUUUAAUUCCUCAAUUUUAUCCAUUUAUCUCCGUAGACUACUCCAAAAUGUAAACGAUUAAAGUGAGUUCAAAAGGCAUCAGCUUACAGACGUGCUUAAAGGGAAUGCAGAAACUUACCAUGUCUAGGUGUAGUUUUGUGAGUGUGCUAUUUUAUAUCAUGUUGAUUGCAUUGGUAUUUUCAUGUAGACUGCAUUAGCAAAAAAAUUGAUUCAUUUGAAUAUGUUCAUUUGAAUAUGUACUCUUAGUUUAGCACUCUUAGUUUGGUAGUAUAUAUUCAUUUGAAUAUGUUCUCAUUGUUGUUCAUGCUAGAUAACUAGCUAACUUUAUAUUCCCUUUUAUUUAGCUUAUAAAAUUGUAAAGUAUGUCUCUGAUCUUAUAAAAUUGACAAGUUACUAAAUUAUUUUUCCUCAUGAAAAUCUUGUAGGUUAUAUCAAACUCUCUUGAAUAGAAGAGUCCUUACUGGUGGCAUACAACCUGAUUUAGGGUCAUUAGCUGCACUUCUCAAAGGUUCAUCACAAGCAGGGAGAGAAGAAGAAAUGUUAGAUGAUAUGCAUGCUUCAAAUAGUAAAGACUUUUUUGAGUUGCUUAGAGAUGAAAGUCAAGAAUUGUAUAAAGGUUCCAAGUACUCAAAGCUAGAGUUUUUGUUAAAGCUAUAUCAUAUAAAGAGUUUGUCUGGGCUAAGUGACAAGGGAAUGACUAUGAUACUGGAUCUAUUGAGAGAUGCAUUUAACUUUACAAGUAUCCCUGAUUCUUUUUAUGAGGCCAAGAAAACCAUCAAAAAGCUUUGUCUUGAUUAUAUAAAGAUAGAUGAUUGUCCAAAUGACUGCAUGUUGUAAUGGGGAGAUGAUGCUAGUGAAGAAACAUGCAAGUAUUGUCACAUUUCUAGAUGGAAGCCUAAUGAGAGGGGCAAUAAUCAUCGCGUGCCUGCUACAAGUAAGAAGAAGAAAAAAACCUGCAAAAAUUUUGCGUUACUUUCCACUAAAACCAAGGUUGCAGAGAUUAUUCAUGUGUUCUAAGACUGUAGAGCAUAUGAGAUGGCAUGCGGAGGAUAGUAACAAAGAUGGAAUAAUGAGGCAUCCGAGAGAUGGUGAGGCAUGGAAGAGGUUUGAUACAAUCUUUCCUGAAUUUGCUUCUAAUCCCCGAAAUGUUCGAUUAGGCCUAGCUAGUGAUGGUUUCAAUCCUUUUGGAACGAUGAGUACUAAUUAUAGUAUUUGGCAUGUGGUUUUCGUUCCAUACAAUCUUCCACCUUGGUUGUGCAUGAAGCAACCAAAUUUAACCCUCUCAAUGAUCAUUCCAGGUCCACGUACGGCUGGUAAUAAUAUAGAUGUAUACUUACAACCCCUUAUUAAGGAGUUGAAUGAGUUAUGGUAUGAAGGUGUGGAAACUUAUGAUUCAUCGAAGAAUGAAAUGUUCAAAAUGCGAGCAGCUCUUAUGUGGACAGUUAGUGAUUUUCCUGGACUUGAUAUCUUAUCUGGUUGGAACACACAUACUGGUUUGGCAUGCCCCUCUUGUAAUUUUGACGCAGUACCUUGUCGACUUCCUCACAGUAGAAAAUGGUGCUUUAUUGGUCAUCGUCGAUUUUUGGCAAGAAAUCACAAAUUUAUAUUGAUGAGGCAUCGUUUUUUUGGAGAUGUGGAGGAGAGGAAUCCACCGAGAAAGUUAUCGGGGUCAGACAUUUUGCAACAAGUGAAAGAAAUCGAUGUUACAUUUGGAAGGCCAGUAGAGUUGAAUGCUAGAAAGAAAAGAAACAGACAAAGAAAAGAUAGGGAGGGUGCAACCUAGCAGUGGAGAAAAAAAGCAUAUUCUUCAAUCUUUCAUAUUGGGAAUUCAACUCGUUGUGCCAUAAUUUGGACGUCAUGCACAUCGAGAAAAAUGUGUUUGACAAUAUUAUAUACACUUUGCUAAUGGAUAAAGACAAAUCAAAGGAUCAUGUUAAGGCUCGAAAAGAUCUACAAGCUAUGGGUAUAAAGCGUUAUCUUUGGCCAGAUGAGAAGGAAAAUUGUCGCCUUGCUGCAUUUGAAAUUCCAAAAGAGAAGAGAGUCGCCUCCUUAAAACAUUAAAGAAUAUUUCGGUACCGGAUGGUUACUCAAGUAAUAUCUCUGAUUGUAUUGAUCCGGAUCAGAAGAGGAUCUUCGGAUUAAAAAGUCAUGAUUGUCACAUCAUCAUGGAACAAUUGUUGCCUGUUGCAAUUCGAAAUGUGCUUCCGAAUGAGGUUGUUGCAGUCUUGGUAGAGCUUUCUUCAUUUUUUAGAAAUCUUUGUUUGAAAAGUUUAAGCCUAUCUGACCUAGAGAAGCUACAAGAUCGGAUUGUACUCACACUUUCUCACUUAGCGAUUUUAUUCCCUCCAUCUUUCUUCACUACCAUAGUUCACUUAACUAUCCAUCUAGUAGAUGAAGUGAUACAAGGUGGUCCAGUACAUUAUCGAUGGAUGUAUUUUGUUGAAAGAUUGUUAGGUCAUUUCAAGUCUCUUGUAGGGAACAAAGCACAACCAGAAGGUUCUAUUGCUGAAGGUUAUAUUGUUGAAGAUGCUCUGACUCUCUGUUCUCGUUAUUUUGAGGGUAUCGAGUCAAGGAUAAAUAGGCCUAAACGUGUAAACGAUGAGCUAAAUCAUAAUAAAACCUCUGAAGUAUCAUCUUUGUUCCCUCAACAAGAUCAUGAAUCCAGAUAUAGCAAACACAAUAUCUACUGAUUUGGAGUUCUUAGCACAAGGUCAAAUGCCAGAUGCAAGAAGAUAUGCCAAGGGCCAAGCAUUACCAAAAGUUGCAAAAGUCAUAUCUUAAUGAUACGCCGCAGUUGGUAUCAUUUUUUCAACCGACACCUUUAGUCUAGGCCGCAGCACAUCAGACUGCAUCAGCUAGGGCCACAUCAUAGCCGGCCCCAUCAGUUCGGGCUGCAGCACAGCUAGCUCAUUCGAUUCAGGCCACAUCACAAUUGGAUCCAUCAGUACAGGCAUGCUCUCAGCCUACACAAUCUAAAAAGCGUCCUGGAUGUGAGUGUCCGCAACAUUGGACAGUUGAUGCAAUAGAUAUGCCAAGGGCCAAGCGUUACCAUAACUUGCGAAAGUCAGUUCAACCAACUUAUUCGGUUCAGGCCACAUCACAGCCGGCCCCAUCAGUUCGGGCUACAGCAUAGCCGACUCAUUCGGUUCAGGCCACAUCACAGCCGACCCCAUCAGUUCGGGCUACAGCACAACAGGCUCAUUCAGUUCAAGCCACGUCACAGCCGGCCCCGUCAGUUCGGGCUGCAGCACAACCGACUCAUUCAGUUUAAGCCACAUCACAUCCGGCCCCGUCAGAUCUGGCUGCAACUCAGCCGGCUCAUUCAAUUCAGGCCAUAUCACAGCCUGCCCCAUCAGUUCAGGUAGCAUCACAACCGAAACAAUCCAAAAAGCGUCCUAGACGGGAGUGUCCGCAACAUUGGACAAAUGAUGCAAUAGAUUCGCAAUGAGCUACCAAAAAACUCAAAGUAAAGGUUAAGGAUGUGAUGUAUUUAUCUGACGGAAAAUGUAUUGUGGUUGAAUUUGAUGAUAUGGAUCAACCAAUUGGAGAAGGGCAAGGUGUUCUUGCAGGCUUUUGUGGAAUUUUAGCAACCCACUGCUCCUUAUUUCCAAUUCACUUCAACAAAUGGCCAGAUUUACCUAAGUCAUACUUCAAUUGUUGCUUUGAUCAAAUUAUAAAACCACGAUUCUGUUUUAAGACAGCUGAGUUAAAUGCAUGAGCAUAUGUUUAUAGUUCUAUUGGAAAAAAAGUGGAGUUCAGGAAGGCAAAGGUUGUGGUAUGAGUUCAUUGACCCACUUAAGACCAAAGCAGAGAUUAUGGAUAAUGUUCCACCAGGGAUUCCACGGGAUCAAUGGACUUCUUAUGUUGCUUACUAUUUUAAUGAAAAGAUAAUGGAAAUGAGUAAAAGAAAUGCUGAAAUUCGGAAGAAACAAACUGUUGCACACACUGGUGGUUCCAAACCAAACUCCAGAAGAAGAGCUAAAAUGAUGGCUGAAUCUGGACAAAAACCCUGGACGAGCGCAACUCUAUCUUGCUACUCAUAAGAAGGAAGAUGGGUCAUAUAUUAAUGAAGCAGCAAGAGAAAUAUGUGAAAACAUUGAGCUAGUUGUAAGUCAAAGCGCCACAGAUGAGUCUGAAGUUUCACCAAAUGAUGUUGUUGGUAAGGUGCUAGGAAAAGAGCAUUCUGGAAGGAUAAGGUGCUUGGGGUUAGGAGCUAUCCCGAGUAAUGUUUUUAGACAAACAAGACGUCAUUUUGGAGGUAUAAAUUCUUCUAGUUGUGAUAAUGGUUUAUGUUCGUCCAAAUGCGAAGAGAAGUACAAUCAGAUUGUAAAUGCUCACAAUCAAAGCCAAGAGAACUAUACUCAAAUGAUGACUGCACACCUCCAAAUGAUGAAUGCUUUCAAGACAUAUAUGAUUAUGAAAGAAGGGACAAUACCUGAACAGUUUGCUGGGAUUUUCGUUUCUCCUCCGGCAGCAGUAAAUAAAAUCUAGCUAUAUGUAGUUUUUUAAUUUGAAAAACUAAAAGAAAAAAACUUUAAAUGCUUUUUAUUUCUUUGCAGCCAAGUGAUGCAGCUAGCGUAUCCAUUUCACCUAUGGGCGUAAGAGGAUCAUCUAUUGAUAGUAAUCUUAAUGAAAAUCAUUGAAUUUCUUUGCAAAUGUAAUAGAUGAUUAAGUAUGAUACUUUACUUGAAUGGUUGAACUAGAUAUUUUGUGUUUAAGUUUAGUAUUA